UGCAUCAGACAGUAGACGAAUGAAUUAAAGUUUGAGUAAUCCCCAAAAAAAAAAAUCAUUAAUACGCAGAAUAAUGUUAGAAAUGUUAACUAGGAAGUCAAAUUGGCUGUUAAUGUAAGAACGAAGUGACAAAUAUAUUAUGUUAGUCAAAGAGGUUAGGUCACUCCGCGUAAUAUUUCUUUUCCAUUCUCAACAGUCAAACACCGGGAAAGUCAUUAUAGGCCCACACAUAUCCAGGGUGUGAAGAUACGUGUAAACAUCUGCUCUCAAAUAUGUGGUGAGUGAUCCAGCACUAUGUCCCAGCAUGCAUUGCUGUCGGCGGGGACCAAGUCAUGGCGCUCCCUGGCCUGCUCACGAUCAGAGCUCCGUUUGGACCUCACACUAGGCUGCGGACAGAGCUUCCGCUGGCGAGAGACAGGGGAUGGCCACUGGACCGGAGUGAUGGGGGGACGAGUGUGGACUCUCACCCAGACAGACGACACACUAUGGUACCACACAUACAAUAGCCCCAACACCAUAAGAGGGGAUGGGAGGAAGCGGAGGGCAGGUUCCCUGCUCCAGGGGUCAGGGAAAAGAUCCAAGGGAGUGAUAGAGGUGAAGGAGGAAGAAGAGGGGGAGCCAGUGGCUGUGACCCCUGACCCAGACAGAAAGGAGGAAGAGCUGCUAAAUGAUUAUUUCCAGCUGAAGGUGAAGCUGGGGGAUCUGUACAGAGAUUGGGGAGCAGCCGACCCACACUUUAACAGCAUUGCCAAGAUCUUCACAGACAACAGUGUGGAGGCUCGUCUGAGGGACCUGGGGUUUGGGUACAGGGCCAGGUUCCUGCAGCAGAGUGCCAGACAGAUCCUGGACUCUCACGGUGGGCCCCAUUGGCUCCAGGGGCUCCGCAGUGCCCCCUACCUGCAGGCACGUGACGCACUGCGCACCCUCCCCGGGGUAGGCCCCAAGGUGGCAGACUGUGUGUGUCUGAUGUCUCUGGAAAAGGCCUGUGUUGUGCCUGUGGAUACACACGUGUGGCAAAUCGCAAAACGAGACUACAGUUGUGCGGCGGGCAAUGGGCAGAAGAGCCUCACAGACAAGGUCCACCGUCAAAUAGGGGACUUCUUCAGGCAGCUAUGGGGUCCGUAUGCUGGUUGGGCACACUCGGUGUUGUUCUGUUCUGACCUGAAGAAGUUCCAGAAGCUGAAAGAAACACACUGUCUGAAACAGGAGGAGGAGAAGAAGAAGGUCAAGAUAAAGGUGGAGGGAGAGGGAAUGACCAAGAAAAUUAAAAAAAUGUGUAAUAGAAAGGUGAAAAUGUGUGUGAAGGAGGAGGUGGGGUGAGGUCAGUAGAGGUUAUGUGUUGGUGAUUUAUGUUAGCUCAGGAAGCUAACCUGAAUGUAUGUCAUUCUUUGCACACCUCUCUGGAGCAACUAGGCUAUGAGUCUGACAGUCUUACCUGUUCUUUUUAGGUUCAUGACAUGAUUAACUGCAAACCAAGGUCACUGUCAGUGGAGAUUGUUCCUGAUCACUUUGUAGAGUGAUGUAAGACAGAUCUAUAAAUGUGAUACACGUUAUAAAAGAGAGAGUUCACUCUGAACCAGACUUCUCACAUUAUCUGUCAUACAUUUGUGUUCAGCUCUAAACUGAAGGCUGGUGUUUAAUUUUACUGCGAUUUCUGUCUGAAUGAAGCUCUAUCGCUAUGUGUCAUUUUCCACUGCCGUCUCUUCAUAUGAACUACACACAGAAACCGUGUGUUUAUCAUAUAUUUUCUGGAUUAAUGGACCGCUACACAGACUCUGUAACAGUUAAUUUUUACACUGAAAUAAACUGGUUUUAGACUAUU